AUGCCGGUGGCCAUGCUGCAGGACUGGUGCCGUGGGGAGCACUUGGACAUCCAGAGGGCCCUGCUCAUCCUGGGCAUCCCUGAGGACUGUAGCGAGGUGGAGCUGGAGGAGACGCUGCAGGCGGCACUCCGGCGCCUGGGCAAGUAUCGGGUCGUCGGCAGGAUGUUUAGGAGGGAGGAGAAUGCCCAGGCUUUUCUCCUGGAGCUGGCGCGAGACAUUGACUAUGCUCUGGUCCCCAGGGCAAUACCAGCAAAGGGGGGCCCCUGGGAAGUGAUUGUAAAGCCCCGCAACUCAGACGGCGAAUUUCUCAACCGACUGAACCGCUUCCUAGAGGAGGAGAGGCGCUCAGUGGCUGACAUGAACCGUGUACUUGGGUCUGGCCCCGCCUACCCGGCCCCUGGAAUGGCCAUCUCCCCUGAAUUCUGGGCCUGGGCACAAACCCUGGGGGCGGCGGUGCAGCCUCUGCUAGAACAAACGCUGUACCGAGAGCUCCGCGUGUUCUCUGGGCACACCGUGUCCAUCCCUGGGGCGCUGGCCUUUGACGCCUGGCUGGAGCACACCACCGACGUGCUUCAGAUGUGGCAGGUGCCGGAGGGGGAAAAGAGGCGGCGGCUGAUGGAAUGCUUGCGGGGCCCCGCGCUGCAGGUGGUCAGCGGGCUGAGAGCGAACAACUCGGCAGUCACGGUGGCGGAGUGCCUGGCGGCACUGCAGCAGGUAUUUGGGCCUGUGGAGAGCCGCAAAAUCACCCAGGUGAAGUUUUGCAAGGCCCGCCAGGAGAUAGGAGAGAAGGUGUCUAGCUUUGUGGUCCGUUUAGAACCCCUGCUCCAAAGAGCUGUAGAGAAAAAUGCCAUCUCCCGAAGGAAUGUCAACCAGGCUCGGCUGAAGCAAGUCCUAGGUGGGGCCACACUUCCUGACAAACUCCGAGACAGGCUGAGGCUGAUGAAGCAGCGGCGGAGGCCUCCGGGCUUCCUGGCCCUGGUCAAGCUCCUUCGGGAAGAGGAGGAGUGGGAGGCCACUGUGGGGUCAGAGAAGCCGGAGGAGCCUGCCGGCAGUGGGGAUACUGCUCAGGUGAGGCCUGCCCAGGGCUCCCGGCGCAGGCGGGGCAGAGGCCACCGGCGGCGCCGGGGAGGGGCCCAAGCUGGCCCUGCAGGCCCAGAGGAACGGAGACGCCACACAUUCUGCUAUGGCUGCGGGGAGGAUGGCCACAUCAGGGCGAAGUGUAGCAAUCCCCAGAACCUGCCCCUGGCCAAGGAGACAAAAGAGACACUGGAAGAAGGGGAAGGGGAGCCCCAGGCAGACAGCAGGGGGCAACAGUGGAACCAGGGCUGAGCCCCCUCCCCCAGUGCCAGUGGGAAGGGACUCUGCUGACCAAACCACUUGUGGUUCCAGGAAGCCCAGGAGCAAGGCACGGAGGAGGAGGAGGAGGAGGGGCCGGAGACCACCCAGCAGGUGGGGGUUCAGUGUGAUGGGUGGGGAGUCCGAUUCUGGGACUGAAGAGGUCGCAGCUGGGGGCUCAGACCUGGGACUCAGCCCCUUCUUUGGGCACCCCCCUGACACCCACCUUGUGGACUCUGAGCUGAGGAUGACCACUGGUCCCCAGGCCAUGGGGGGCCUGGAAGAGCUUUCCUCAGGGCCACCACAGUUGGGGGUGGGACCACCCCUGCCACGAGGAGCCAGCGCUGGAGAGGGAGAGCAGCGUGGCCCAGAGGUAAUGCCCUGGAGAGGAGACCACAGGGUGAACCCCGUCUUCGGGAUAUCUACACUGCCCUAGGAGAGCCCCGGGUAGGCAGCACCCUGGAGCUCCUGCGCCCCUGAGGGCAGCAGACACCCAGGUCCAGAGCCCAGUGCAGGCCAACCCUCUCCUGGCCUGCAGCCUGGAGGGUGUGGUGAGGAGCACAGACUGUCAGGAGAGGACCAUGAGGCCAGAGCCCGGCUCAGGUGUAGGGGGCUCUGGAGGCCUGGUGGACCAGUGACCCCACAGCUGGCUUCCUGUCAGUGGGCGUGAGAGCAGCUUUGGGCAGGAGGAAGAGGAGGAGGAAGGGGGCUUGGGGGGGGUGUCUUUUGUUCUGCUUGUUUGUGCAGGACCAUGAAGAUGGGAGCAAACAGGCGAGGAGAACCUGAGACUUUCCUGGCCAACCAGACCUCCAGCAUUUUUGCCACCCAGGCCACUGCCCUGGUCUGGGAGAUGAUAGGGGGAGGCAGUCAUUUCUAGGGGGCCAGCUGCCUGGUCUCCCAAGAAGGGGACCCCCUUCACCACCCCUUGGGGUGGGCUGCCCCCUGUUCUGGGAAGCCCCCCUGUAUCUCUGUAGGCCUCGUAGUUACCCACGUGUCAGGCGAAUACCCACCCCCACAUCCACCACCCAACCACCCACCCUUCCU